AUGGAACAAGAAAAAGAGUUGAAGCCUCUAAUAACAGGAAAUCAGCAAAUAGAAAAUUUAAAUGUGAAAGUGGAAUUUGUGCCGAAUGUAGUGGCCAAGUAUGAAGAAGUAAGAGCGAGUGAAGAGCCUGAUGUGGCUAAUGUUAUUGAGAGGAAACCAGUAGUCAUUGAUUCGAGCUUAACGAGAAAAACACCAAUAAAGGUAGAAGAGCCAAAGAAAGAUGUCAAAUUUUUUUUGGAGCAGCAAAAUGCUGUUAAAAAUAUUGAAAAAAAGGACGUUGUGAAACAGGAAUUCAAGACAGCGAAGGAUGAGAUGAAAGCUGCUUUGGAAGCUGGAAUUAAUUACAGUACUCAAGAAAUUGAUGAUGAGGUGGAAAAUUUGGGUUAUGCAGAGACCUAUGCGGAUUACCGACCCGCGAAACUGCGGUCUGGGCUUGCACACCCAGACUGUGUUGUUGAAACCGCUUCCUUAAGUAGUGUAACACCUCCAGAUAUACAUUACAAUUUGACUAUACCUGAAGAACUUAUUGACACUGGGGCUAUAUCUACUGUACAGUUGGAGGCAGUAUUGUAUGCUUGUCAGGCGCAUGAGACGAGGCUUCCAUCAGGGGAACGUACCGGCUAUUUAAUUGGUGAUGGCGCGGGAGUUGGUAAAGGUCGAUCUGUGGCGUGUAUUAUUUUCGAAAACUAUUUGUUGGGUCGGAAACGUUCUAUUUGGUUGAGUGUUUCUUCUGAUUUAAAAUUUGACGCUGAACGCGACUUGAGGGAUAUUGGAGCUUCUAAAAUUAAAGUUCAUGCUUUGAACAAAUUUAAGUACGCAAAAAUUAGUGGUAAGGAGAAUGGUGGCGUUAAAAAAGGGUGUAUAUUUGCCACAUAUUCUUCGUUAAUUGGCGAAUGUCGGUCUGCUCGAAGUAAGUACAGAACAAGAUUAAAACAGCUCAUUCAGUGGUGUGGGAAGGACUUUGAUGGUGUUAUUGUACUGGACGAAUGUCAUCGCGCUAAAAACUUGGUACCAAGCUCCGGAUCAAAACCGACUAAAACGGGACGAAUGGUUCUCGAGUUACAGAAGGCUCUUCCAAGUGCUAGAAUUGUUUAUGCAUCAGCUACGGGCGCAACAGAACCUCGAAAUAUGGCCUAUAUGGUACGGCUAGGACUUUGGGGUGAGGGACAAGCUUUUCCAAAGUUUGAUGACUUUAUAAACGCAGUGGAAAGACAUGGUGUCGGCGCGAUGGAGAUUGUUGCUAUGGAUAUGAAACAGCGUGGCCUCUAUCUUGCGCGUCAGUUGUCCUUUAGGGGUGUAACUUUUCGCGUUGAAGAGGUUCCGUUAUCCGGGGAGUUUAUUGAGGUAUAUGAUGAUGCUGUCAAAUUAUGGUUGGAAUGCCGAAGGCAAUUUCAGGCGGCUAUCAAUUCUUUGCGUGAUUGCGGAAGAGUACAGUCAAAGCAGAUUUGGGGGCAGUUUUGGGCCGCCCACCAGCGCUUCUUUAAAUAUCUCUGUAUAGGAGCUAAGGUUGAUGCUUGUGUUAAAAUUACCAGAGAUGCUGUUAAAACAAAUAAAUGUGUUGUGAUAGGAUUACAAUCAACAGGUGAGGCAAGAACUCUUGAAGUGUUGGAUGACGUUGGAGGUGAACUAACAGACUUUGUCUCCACGGCAAAGUACGUGUUUUGCUUAGAACGGUUUUUUGGCAAGGAAUGGUCAUUUUUUAUUAUUUUUGUAUCACAGCAGUCUUUCUUUUGUAUAUUAUGGUUCUGUGCUUCUUUUGUUCAAAGUAGUUACUCCGUUUUUACAAUGUAUCCUUACGUUCUUAUGGUGCUUUUCUGCUUUAUUCAUUUAUAUAAAGUUUUGAGGAAGCAUUUUUUAUUUGAUUUCUUUUUAGAAGAUCCCUGGGCUUCAAAGCAACAAAUUGUAUCAGAUUCACCUCAGAAGGAGAAAAAAAAGUCAAAAAAACGAAAGAAAGCAAAAAAGGAAAUCAAGAUACCCGUAAGGAAGAAGGCUCUUGAGUCAGAAGCCAUGAUGAAUAGUGCUGAUGCUUUUAUAUCAUCUUCCCGCAUAAUAAAUGAAAGUAGUGAGGAUCUCUUAUCGGGUGGAUCUAUGGUGAAAGCUGAAUUAUUAGCAGCGGCUGAAAGACUGGGAACGAGGUUGCCGCCAAACACACUCGACCAACUUAUCAACGAGCUUGGAGGUCCGGAAUACGUCGCAGAGAUGACCGGUCGGAAAGGAAGGGUGGUGAGCCGAGAAGAUGGAGAAAUUGAAUAUGAGUUGCGUCACACUGGUGCUGACGUUCCUUUGGAGUUGAUGAAUAUGGAUGAGAAAGAAAAGUUCAUGCGCGGUGAAAAGUUGAUUGCUGUUAUCUCUGAAGCAGCAUCUUCGGGCAUUUCGUUACAGUCUGACAGGCGUGCUCCAAACCGAAGACGGAGGGUUCAUAUCACGCUUGAAUUGCCUUGGUCCGCCAUUAUUGAUACUGAAGAUUACACCUUGUCUGUUUCAGGUAGAACGCAUCGUUCCAAUCAAGUAAGCGCGCCAGAAUAUAUUUUUCUAAUUUCUGAACUGGCAGGAGAGAAAAGGUUUGCCUCAAUAGUAGCUAAGCGAUUGGAGUCGUUGGGGGCUUUAACUCAUGGAGAUCGGCGUGCAACAGAAUCUCGCGAUUUAAGCCAGUUCAACCUUGACACCCAUUAUGGACGGAGCGCUUUAGAAGUCCUUUUAAAAUCCGUUAUUGGAUAUUACAAUCCUCCCAUGAUUCCUCCUCCAGAAAACUACAAACCUGGGAAUUUUAUGGCUGAUAUGGCUCGAUACUUAGAGGGCGUUGGAGUUUUAACUCGAGAAAAUGGAGCUUAUUGCAUAGAAAAAGAUUCUGCUACCAUUACUAAGUUUCUUAAUCGAAUUCUUGGGUUACCUGUCCAUGCGCAAAAUGCUCUUUUUCAAUAUUUUUCUGACAUUGUGGCAGAGUUGGUGAAACAGGCAAAGCAUGAUGGAAGUUACGAUAUGGGUAUUAUGGAUCUUGGUAUGGGGGGUGACGAAGCGCGGAAGUUGGAAACAAGAGUGUUUCUUGGCCGUGUUGAACGAGGUAGUUAUCGAGUGGAGAUCCAUAAAAUUGGGGUUGAGAGAGGCGUUAGCUGGGAAGACGCAUAUGCAGUGUGGAAAGAUCAUCAUGAAGAAGAGGAUGGGUUUUAUGUGUCUAACGUUGGUGUGAAUGGGAGGAAGGCUGCAAUUUUGGUUUACGGUAUUGGCAAGAAAAUGUUAGAUACCGGUGCAAGACUUUACUGUGUGACGAGACCUAGUACUGGGCGUAGUGCAAAGUUAGAAACCUUGGCAGAAUUGUCAAAACGGUUUCGAAUUGCAACUCCAGAAGAAACCGAAACAAUUUGGAAACAGCAGUAUGAAGGGUCACGUGUGAUGUGCCAACAUAAGUACUUUCAUGGUCGCUGUAGAUGUGAAGCGAAGGGUGUGUAUUGUGAGACGGGUAGAAGGACGCGUACAUAUUUUGUCCUUUCUGGGUCUGUGCUUUCUGUGUGGCCGGUAGUCGAGGAAUCGUUGAGUAGUGUUAAGAAAGAGCAGCGUAUGCAGAUAAUUCGCGUUCGAACUGAGGAAGAUUUAAAGAUUGUUGGCUUACUUAUUUUGCCCCAGUACGUUAGAACCCUCGUUAUUCGACUUGAGGAGCAUUGUGGAAGUUCAUUUGUUGAGCAGAAAGCGAAUGCUAUUUUAUGA